UUGUCGCGUGGAGGGGGAACUCUCCUUUCGCAGCACCGCGCGUUGCUCUGCGGGCUCUGAACAUCAUUAUGCGCGUGAGCUUAAUUCAAUGCUCGGCAAGCGUUCGCUGGAUUAACAUUUUUCGCCGAUAGCGCGCGCGCGUCCCGGUUUCGAUCAGUGUAGUAGCCCCGACAACCCUAACAAGCCCUGCAGCGCAAACGGUUACCGCGUUCGUGAUUGUGCGCCGUGUUUGUACGUUCGACAACCGGGGGGUACACCGCCGGUGGUGGUGGUGUGUGAGUGUAUAGUGUCGAAGGUGCCGAACACCACGAACCGACUGCAGCACGCACUGAAGGUCCGCGUCUCGUGGCGGCGUGUGUGUUUAUGUUUUGAAAAUCGGCCCGCGUUAGACGCCAGAUCGUUGCGAAUCCGCCGUGCCGUCGUGGUGUAUGAAUGCUGGUGAAACUUUUUCAUACCUCCGAGCUCCAGAUAAGGCUUUUUGUGUGCGUGUGUGUGCGCGUAUGAAAAGGACGAAUACGUAGCAGGCUUUGACCGAGAAGUGUGGUUGACAGCGAGAAAGAGAGAGAGAGAGCGAAAGGAGCCCUGCCAAAAACAACACACUCAGCUGUCAGUGACGUUCGAGGGUUUGAUCCUGCACAUCCCGCUCGCAGCAGUCUGCCGCUCUACUGCCGAACAACCUUCUCCGCCGCAAUGACGCAUCCCGCGAGGUGACCUUCCGAAUCUUUCGAAUAAUUUCUUGGACUCGGUCGGAUCGCUUAUCUCGUCGCCCCCUACUUCGCGGGAAGCAAUUUUUGCGUGUUGGUGCCGCAGUUUUUUGCUGUGCUCCGGUUCGAACAUUCCGACCAGGGAAGCUGGACGCAACACUCCCCGCUUUCCGCGUCCCGUCCACCAGACACAAUAGGGUGAGAAAAUCGAUUGAAAUCCCGUAAUCCCCGUGCGUAAUCCCCCUUGCGGUGCACAAAUUGCACUGCCAGCUGGUGGGGCCGGUGCGACCCAUCCACUAAUCGACAGCCCAGCGACACAGCCACGGGGCAAACAAUUGUGUGUAGCUUCGGCGCAUCUUCCCGUCCGGCCCCGCUGCCGCCACCAUUCCAACCGUCCAGUGCUGGGUUGUCUAUAAUUAGACGAAAAUAAGGGUGCAUCCAACCUCAGUGCUCCAACUCCACCCCAAGGCGGAACUUCCCCUUCGUGUCCCGCGUGCGAUGCACUCAGCUCAGGCCAGAAUGGAAUGUGUGCGCGCGUUUGAUGUGCUCUAGUAAAUUAGCUGAAUAGAACCUUACAGCUUCCAGUGGACCUCCCUCGCCGGUCGUCCCCGUACGGUUCGCCAUCUUUGCUGAGCUUCGUGAGGUCUUUGUGCGUGCGUGCUUGUGUGUGUGUGUGUUGCAUGGUUGACCGUGGUCGGUCGAUUUAGCUUUUCACAACAAGUCAAACAACUGCUGGCGGCAGUACAGGAAGGAGAGAGGCUGUCGAACUGCGAGCUCGCGCCCGUUUACACGGACGGUCCCUGCUCUAUUGUUGUGCUUGUGCUGCUCCAAAACGACAAACAAAAGCUCGGCUCCGCUAUAAGCCGAGACGAAAUCUCGGCCACCCCUGUACGGAUCAGUGCUUGGACAGUGGUCCACCGAUGCGGUAGUACAUUUGGCGUACCGGUCUGCUGUAGUUCCGCGCUUUGUUGUGACGGUUUUAUAACACUUUUUCGGUGAAGUUUGAAGCAGUGGCAAGUGUAUUGCGCGGAUCGAUCGAUAGAAAAUACUCGAAGGUGUAGCGCUUAAGUAACAAGGGCCAAACAAAAGUGUUUCGGAAGACAUCUUUUCUGUGAGCCGAUGGCGGUGCGAUGAAAAAUGAUGCGGUACAGUACGGUGUGUUAUCAGCAACCAGUUCGUAGCAGUUGCUAUUGGUGCUAGUCUGCAGCACAGUGGACGGAGCUGGGCCCUCGUGCGAUCGCUCCAAAGUGCUAGAAACAAAGCAGCCAGCGUGCACAAAGUUCGAAUCGUAAUCUGUUUGGAGGCAAAGCGAUUGAAGACUUGCGCUUGCAUCUUCACUGUCACUGUCGCAGGGCGCGUCUUGCGAGGUCUGCCUGAUUGGUGAUCGGUUGUCCGUUGGUGGCUCGUAGCUCGUAGAUUAUCAGUCAAGCCCGCAGCGUGUGUGUGUGUGUUUUGGUGUGUUAUCAGCAAUCUCGAGGGUCUCUCCAUCUCUCACUCUCGUUCGUGGCGGUGAAGGAAAGGGCCGAUAGUGUGAGGGCUAACUAACAAGUAAUCCACGGGAAAGGUUCGCUUAGGAAAAGGCUGACCAGAGCGCUCAAACGCGUUGCCCGGCCGUCCGUGAAACAGUGAAAAUAGGAAGCAGCAGUGUUGUGGCAGUGCAUCGAAGAGGAGUGCUACUUCCACGCCUUCCCUCGCCCGGUCGCUCCGGGAGCAUUAAGAAAAGAAAGUGCAAAAGAGUACCGGGAAGGUACAGCAAAUUGCAGCCCAAGAGUGGAUGAAAGUGGAACCCGAACCCGAAGUGUGAGCCUGCAAAGGGGCUGCAGCAACAGCAUCCAGCCCCGGAGGAAGUGGUAGUGAUUGCACUGCUGAUCUUAUCUCGACCCUGUGUGCGUGUGUUUGUUUGUGUGUGUGUGAGAGAGCAUUUUGUUUCAUCAUUGUUUAUGUUGGUUUUACUCUCAUGCUAGUAGCUUUACCACUUCUUCGUGUGCUACUAAGUGUUUGCGUCAGCCAGGCCUCGAGGAGGGCAUUAGUGGCUGCUUAACGAAUGUUUACGUAGUACACACAACUUUAGCUUAUGUGUGUGCGUGUGUUUCCCCUCAUUUAGGGUGAAUAGAUUUCCGGUUCCGUCUCUACAAAAAAGUGUUUUUGUUUUUUUUUGUCCAACAGUGAGAAAAGGCCACGAAUAGCCUACGAGACCGGAAACGGGAUCGGCAAACUUCAGAGCUGGCAGUGAGUGCGUUCGGGCCCUGCAGUUCGGUUUCGUUUCAUGCCGGUUCGAGUACAGGUGUGAGGCAAAAUCUUCCGGAAGAUCCGGCCCGGAUUACGUGCGCCACGAGGUGACAUUUUGGAAGGUAUACACUUCGCACCGUGUGUGGCUAUGCUAAUAGUGAACAGUGUGGAAAGUUGUUGAACAAAAAGCCAAGCAAAACAGGGUUUGCGACGCGACGAUAUCAUCCACCCAGCAGCCGAGCGACACACUCGGCACAUAAUACGGAAUUAUGUUAAACUGUACCGAUCUCGCCUGCGUCCUGCACCAUCACCAUUUCUACGCCCAUCUGCAUCAUCUGAAGCACCAUCUGCAGGAUGACCACGAUCAUCACCACGGGCAUCACGGGCACGAGAGUCACGACCAUCACCAUGAAGCAGCCGCUGGAGAAGGGAGUGACGUAGACAAUGGCAAUAUACAGGACUUACUCAACGAUACAGAUUCUGAGCUUUCUUCUCUGUCCCAUCUUGAUGCUCCCAACGAUGUGCUGUAUAUGAUAUGUGGAGUCGUCAUCGCCAUGGUCCUCGUGGGCCUCAUCAUAGUUUUAGUUGCAGUUACGAUCAGUAAGCUGAGAAAGCGGGAAGAGUCGUCGACGGUGAGCCCGGUGACGGCGGGCAACGUGGAGGCGCCACCGCACCACCACCACCAUCACCAUCAUCACCAGCAUCAUCACCCUCACAGUCACCAUCAGCUGCAUCACAACGGAACCAGCCAUCCUCAGCAGCAGCAGCAGCAGCAGAACAACAGUAGCAGUAAUCACCAUCACCAGCAGAACGGCGGCAGCAGUCCGGAAACAGGCUACUCCGUACCGACGCCGAUAGCCUUCCGACAGAGUCCGUCUACUGUGUGGGUCUUUCCACCGUUACCACCGCAGCCCAACAUCUACAACGCCAGUAGUCAGGACGCGUUAGUACAUAACGAGAAGACCGGCUUCAAGGGACUGAAACGUCAGCUGUCCGGUCGUUUCAAGCGCCUGGUAUCGCGGAAAGCGCACGAGCCCGCCCCAGUUAUACCGCCCGAGCUGAAGCCCCAGCUCAAGACGAUCUACGUGUAUUAAUCAUAAUGAUUUCCAACAACUUUAGCAGUUAAGCGUCGUCGUCGUCGUCUUCCAGGGCGGCACAACACAAAUGAUAAAACGGCUAGGCGAUGCGGCAACGGGCGAGCAAUAGGAAAAGGAUGCAAACGCCACACUAUCGGUACGAGACGAGGGUGUGCAACACACACCUCUCUCCCGCGAUAGUGUUGGGAGUUUGUUUUUCUCCCCCCCACAUCCCUAUCCCCUAUUGCCGCUGCUGCCGCGGCUAGAUGCUAGAUUUCCAUUCCUACUGGGUGUAGAACAAGUGUGCAUGUGUGUGCUAGGCGGUUUUUUUUUAUAUUGAUAGUAAUGUCCACGGUAUAUUUUUUAACAACCCUUAUCACUCUCCCCUACCCGUUUGCCCCAAUGGGUUUCGCUGUUGCGUCCCCACAGGCACGCAAGACUCCUCAACACACAACGCACGCCCCAUACAAGCGGUCGAGUAUUCGAGGUGACGCGAGGUCAGGAGUGUUUUAGGAGCUUAAAACUAUUUAAUUUAUUAUCUUUCAUGUGUAAGCAAAAGUAGCGCCUUCUAAAAGAAAAAAAAAACGGAACAAAACCCUCCCCUCCACCCCGUACGCUCUUCUAGUGCACAGCAGCUCUUAUUUUCGUCUUUAUCGGGACGUUUGCUCUUGUUUUGUAUGCCCGCGCAGUGAGUGUGUGGGAAAGCGUAAGCGACUAGUAAACGAAUAUUGCCCACUGUGCGAUCCAAAAACAAAACCAAAAAAAAAAGCAGUACACUCAGACACACACCGCAUGUUUGCGAUGAACCGAUUGAUUCUUUUGUUUUAGUACAGACAGAGCCCAUUCCUGGCCGAGGAAUUACAAACUACAAAGCCCUGCUUCCCCACCGACUAUGAACCAAACCGAGGGACUGCGUUAGGAGAAAUCGAACAAUAGUGGCAAAAGGGUUUGCUUUGCCCUGUCCGUGUGUGUGCAGUUUACGCGUAACUUGAAUUAUUCGGUGCUAAAGAGAGAGAGAGAGAGGGAGACGCUAGUGUUUAUUAAGUAUAAGUUUCAUUCCACCCAUGUGAUCGACACAGUUUGUCCAAACCAUCGAACUCAAAUAUUUUUAACGAAAGAAGAAAUAGUACGGGCUGUUGCAAAAUGGCCCUUUUCUACCGGAAACAAGUGAGCGAGUUUUUGAAAAGUAGUGUAGUUAGUUUUUUUCGUUCUUUUUUCUUAAUUCUCAUCCGUCGUGACUGCACAUAGGACUGGGUUUUGGGCCCUUUUUGCCAUGCAAUGAUGUACGGUUGCUUCCUUCUCAGUUCUGAACGCGGUACCCCUUGGUCGAUAUUUCCGCUCCCCUAUUUUCUCCCCCUUUAUCUCUUACCUGGGAUACUUUUGUGCAACAGAAAUUUUGUGAAACAGUCAUUAUUACAACUAGAAAAUUAGACGACAAGACUGACACAGAAAGGCAGCCACAGGAGAAAGAGCGUUGCUGCACAGCAAGCACAAUUUUCUUACACUUUCUUUCCAUCUAUCCCCCCCCCCCCCACACAGUCCUGGGAUUCGUUUUUAGAACGGAAACACUAAACGCACAUACUGCACACAUGUAUAGGAGCUUUAAGAGAAUGAGAGAAGCAAACAAAAUCCGGUAGUUAGACAAAAGUUAGAGCACAAAAGAGUAGGAGUGUAGGAGAGAGUGCACGGCGCAACAACAACAACAACAACAAAAAGCUAGCAAACAAAACAAUGGUAAAAAAAGGCAAAAAAAAACACAGAAAUAGUAUUAGGAUGUACAAUUUAUUCUGAAAUGGUAGAAGCAUGUAUAGACGACUAUGGACCAUUGCCUAACCUUCACCGUGCUAUGCGUUGUUUUUUUUUUUUGUUUCGCGGUUUGUUUUAACAUGAUACAAAGGCGAUGGCCUAACCACAACCCAAGUAUGUGUGCGAAGGGCCACGAGAAGGGCAAAGGCUACUUAGGUGCCGUUGAAAGCAAGAGAGAAAGUAGAUUAUCUGUGUACUAAAGCGAGAGAGUGAGAGAGAGAGACAAAGAGAGCUGGCUAUAACAUGGCCCCCUCCCCCUACCCACCGGAUCGCGAACAGAAGGGAUCGCGUACGAUUGCUUGGAUGUACAGGAGGAUGAUUCCUUCGAAUCUAUACACUGUAAUAACGGUUAAUUUAAACCUUCCCUUCUGUUGAGCUACGUCCCUAGGGCAUGCAUGGGGAUACAAACACCGGUUCGAAACGGGGUUUUUCGAGCCUCGUUGUGUUUCCCUCUCUUCUGUUUUUAAAGUGUAGGACACAGUUGUGCUAUUUGUGCCCCUUAGCCAGGUGAGAGAAGGAAGUUCACUCACAUUGAGUGCUCGCGAUAAGAUGGAUAAAGUUGGGAUUGCAAUGGUCGCUAAAAGAUGAAGAAAAGCAGGAAAAAUAAGAGAAACAUUAGAAAGGAUUAGUAGACAAGUGUACUUCGACAGCACAGCGCUUGACUAAGCGCGUGUGUGUACGUGUGUGUAUGGGAGGGGAGAUUAGGGUGAAAAGGGCUCGCGCCGGAUCAGGCCGAAUAAGCAAAUUUGUAUUUUUAGUAUUUUAGUGAAAGCGAAGGAAACGGUGCAAGAAGAUUGAGACACUGCAAACAUACGCACACACGCACACACACACACACACACACACAUGCAACUGCAUACAACAGUACACAAGUGAUGCUAGUAGAUGGCAUGAUUUUAUUGUGUGCACAGUGUGGACGUGCUUGUUGUGUGUGUGUGUGUGUGUGAGAGUUGUGAGGAAGGCAUUAGUUGCGAUGAUAACAUAUGUGAGGAAUGAUGAUGAUGAUGAUGAUGAUUACCUAACAGUGUAAGUGAUGAUAAUUAUAAUUUAAAAUAUACAACAAAGAGCUAAGAAAAUGCGAAAAGAAAA